UCGUAUCAUUGCAGUUUGCAGGAUUUUUCAGCGAGCUUGAGCAGUGAAUUUGAAGCCUAAUACUCAUGUAACUGUGCUUACCUACUCGUUUCAAUGUAUAAUCAUGUCGGUCGUGCGUAGAUUAUUUUUGAGUGCGCCAUACUACCAGCAAGCAGCAAGACGCUCGUCCACGAGUGUCGAGGCUCGAGUUUGGACGUUGAAGUAUAAAUGCAGAGGGUUGCCCAAACUUUCCGAUUUCGAAUGCAAGUCGGAAAUUCUUCCACCUUGUGAUGAUGGAGACGUCAUAAUCGCCGCGGAGUGGCUGAGCGUGGACCCAUACAUGCGCUACAGGAUCGCCAUGUCUAAGCCCUGUGACGUCAUCGUCGGCAGUCAGGUUGCCAAAGUCAUCGAGAGCCGCAACGCAGACAUCCCUGUAGGGAGUUACGUGUUGGCCUACCCUGGCUGGCGCAGCCACGCACGCGUGUCCAAACAACACACGCACAACCCGUCCACCUUCACCAAACUCCCAGACUUCGGCCCCAUACGACGCUCGGCCGCACUCGGCAUCCUGGGCAUGACUGGCAACACGGCAUACUUUGGCUUCCUGGAGCUGUGCAGCCCCAAGGCGGGGGAGACGGUGGUGGUGAACGCUGCUGCAGGGGCCGUCGGUAGCGCCGUCUGCCAGAUCGCUAAGAUUAAAGGAUGUCGCGUGGUGGCGUUUGCAGGAGGCGCCAGGAAGUGCGACUACGUCAGGUCGCUGGGCGUCGAUGAAGUCCACGACUACAAGAGCGAAGACAUCGGUGCUGUCCUCAAGGCUGCCGCCCCCGACGGCGUCAACUGCUAUUUUGAUAAUGUGGGCGGAGACUUCACUGCUGCGGUGGUUCCACACAUGGCUGAGUACGGCAGAAUAUCGCUCUGUGGGACCAUCUCCACCUACAACAAACAGCGCGGGGAACAAACUGCGCCUCCUCUGGACCCAGGCUGGCUGAUCCCCAAGCAGAUCAGGACUGAAGGAUUCAUCGUGACGCGAUGGGCGCCAAGAUGGAUGGAAGGAAUCGGGCAACUGGCUCAAUGGAUCCAGGAGGGCAAGCUGAAGUACAACGAGACUGUCAUCGAAGGAUUCGACAACAUGCCUGAAGCUUUCAUCGGUCUCUUCAGAGGAGACAACAUCGGCAAAACCGUCGUCCAGUUCUGAAGUCCGGGAAGUUUGUUAGCGUCUGAUGUAUCUUAACGGUUGCUGCCAUUCUCGAAGCCAAUAUCUAUGAAGUGACUACCUCCACAGAUAACCGCAUAAGCUAUCUAAGGCUAAUUACAUAUGCAGACAAACAAUUUUGAAAUUGGGCAUGAAACCCUGCCAAGUCAUCAAAUUUAAAAAAGGACAUUUCUAGCGAAUCGCAUGUUGUUUGGAAGUCUUUCCUGUUGCUUCAUCAGCGAGGAGGAUAUAAUCGACACCAGAACCCAAACGAGUUUAGAUUUCUCAUGUACCGUUUAAACCAUUAAUAUUAAUUGAUAUUCUAGAAGCCAGGCUGAAUUCGAUCGAGUGUUUGACCGGAAAAGUUUUUCAAGUUGAAGGCGUCAUGAACUUCAGGAAUUUUUUAGUUUGGUCCUGUUGAGAACUCGAUCUGAGUGACACCUUUGUCUGCCAUUUAUACGAUUUCAAUAUACUACAUCAUAUUGCUUCGAUGGUGUCUUAAGUAUUUAUUACAUACGAACUUUGUUGUUGUUAGAUUCUCUUUUUUGUUCAUCCAAGAUUGUGCCGGAGUAACCAUUAACACAUGAACUGAUGUAAUACGUAUUUUUGUGAACAUACAAUUUCGAAUAAU